AUGUACGUCGCUCGCUCCGCGUAUCGCCAGCUGCUGCGCGUCGGCAAAAAAGUAUCGGAGAAGUACGCCGACCCGAAUGACAUGUGCUUUGCUCUCUUUGGCGUUCUGGUGAGCCGGCACGACUUCAUCAACGCUGGCUAUGGCAGCACCUUUCCCACUAUUCUGCGCACUUGCUUUCUACGACCCACCAUCGCCGGCUGCCCCCACGACACGACGAACGCGCGCACGAGCGCCGCCUUUGAUACCCUCCGGCGGCUGAACGAGCUGAAGGCGUCCAACGCGGCCUUUCGCAUUCGCGAGCUGCGGCGGGUUAUGUCAGAUGCAGCAGAACAAAGCAGCACCAACCCCGUCGCCGCUGCAUCCGCAUCGACGGACGGCAAACCCGCUUCUUCGCCUUCAUCAACAGCUGCAGGCCAAUCCGCGUUGCCAUCCUUGUCCUUCGCGUCGUCGGAGACAGCCCACACCACUGCCGUGACGUACCCGCUCGACGAGGAAGGCGUCCACCUCAUCCGUGGAAGCGUCCUGAUCGAGCGUUCGUCGCGGCGCCGCAUCCAGAACUUCACUCGUCACUGCGUUGUAUGUGAGCCAAUCAGCAUGACCUUUCCGCCAUACCGCUUCUGUGUUCCACCAGAGCCAUCCUACUUGCUCGCCGUGCGCAGCGAGUUUGCUCUUUACGCCAUCACCGAUGUGCUCUUGGCGCUGUCGGCGACUAGCAUCUUCAACACACAUCGGCACGCCUACCUCUCUCAGCAGCAGCAGUCUACCGAAGCCAGUCAGUCACUGACAGACUGGGGCAUUCGUAUCAGUGGUGGUGACGAAGGAAGCGAGGAUGUACCAUCCGAGCAGAAAAGCGCUGGUAGCAGCAGCAAGAAGGCCAGGGGUGGCGCAGGUGAGCGGAAGAAGAUCGCCGCCGUCGCGGCUUCGCCUAUGCCCGCUGCUCCGACAGUGACUACUGCCCCACUGCCGGAGACGCGCAGCUUUCCCACCACACGCGAGGAGCUGCAAGAACUGGUGCGCCAGAUUCCGACCCGGACGGUGAUCCAGACUGACGUUCUUGAGGUGGAGAUAACGACUGAGUACGUCUGUUCCAACCCGUCGGCGGCAACGGCAACGUCACCAUCAGUGGCCGACCACCUGGUCAAGCAGAGCAAAGAUGGUGCAUUCGCGUCGACGACGCCGCUAAAGCGCGGACUGACCGCUGACGGUCGCGACGGCAGCGUCUCCACCAAUGCCUCGAUGCAGAGCGAGGACGCAAAGGCGCAUUUGUUUCUUUACUACGUAUACAUCCGCAACCGUGGCCCGCUGAAGAAUCCCAAGAGGUGGCACGCGCAGGUGCUGUCGCACCACCUCGUUGUGAUCGAUUCGGCGCAGGGGCAAGUGCUGGAGAUGGGCCGACCCGGGGUUGUGGGCAACUUUCCGCUGCUGCAGCCAGGUGCGUCGCACUGCUUUGAGAGCGGCGCGACCCUCUCCGGCCCGGAAGGGUUUCUCCGCGGCUCCAUCCAGGUAAACCUCUUCAACGACGCUGGGGAGGUGAUGAUGCUCGACGCGGCGAUCGCGCCGACACGACUGACGGUGGAGGUGACGAGCGCUAUCGGCUUCACCUCUUCCAAGAACACGAAGGAAGAGCUUGUGCAGCGGAGCUGCGACUCGUCGGCUCAGCCGACGGCCGGUGUAAGUUCGCCUGAGGAUGGCGUUGCUCCAGGAGGAGAGGACUCCUCCUCUGCAGACGGGGCAACCAAGGCGUCGGACAAUGACCGUGGCAACUUUUCAAAGCCAAAAGGUGGCAAGUAA